AUGGAUGAAUACCCGAACAUUCCUCUUCAAGUGCAUUCAGAUCCAACAAAACGUGGAACCGUUUGUAUAUUUGGCACUGGAGAUUUUGGACGAUCUCUGGGGUAUAAGUUACUCCAGUGUGGUUAUGUGGUUGUCUUUGGAAGCAGAAACCCAAAUUCCUCCAACCUCAUUCCAAGAGGAGCUGAGGUUCUCAGUCAUGCUGAAGCCGCAAUGAAGUCCUCCAUCAUUAUCAUAGCCAUUCACAGGGAGCACUAUGACUUUCUGAUGCCAUUUUCUGACAUCCUGAAGGGAAAAAUCUUAGUAGAUGUCAGUAACAACCUGAAAAUCAACCAAUACCCAAAAUCUAAUGCUGAGCUCCUAGCUAGUCUGGUAACGGGAGCUAAAGUGGUCAAAGCAUUUAAUACAGUGUCUGCCUGGGCUUUACAAUCAGGAACGUUGGAUGCCAGCAGACAGGUUUUUCUUUGUGGAGAUGAAGCAAAAGCAAAGGAAGCAGUUAUGGAGAUCGUUCGAUCUCUUGGACUGACGCCAUUGGACCAAGGAUCUCUACUGGCAGCUAAAGAGAUUGAGAAUUACCCACUGCAGUUAUUCCCAUUGUGGAGACUUCCCUUUUAUAUUUGUGCUGGUUUCACCAUAUUGGUCUUCCUCUAUUGUCUCAUCUUUGAAGUGUUCCAUCCCCUUGUCACAGGGAAGGAGGACACUUCCUACCUCAUCAUGAUUUCCAUUGCCAACCGAGUGUUCCCCAUCGUGUCUCUCAUACUGCUGGCUUUAGUGUAUCUGCCAGGAAUUUUUGCAGCCAUCAUCCAGCUAUACCGAGGCACCAAAUACAGCAGAUUUCCAGACUGGCUGGACAAAUGGAUGCUCUGCCGGAAACAGCUUGGGCUGGUAGCAUUGGCGUAUGCCUUUCUACAUGCCAUCUACACACUGGUGAUGCCCAUACGUUACUAUGUAAGGUGGUGGGUGGAAUAUUACAUAAAGGCACAGAUUAAAUCCAAUACCACAUAUCCCUUCCUGAACUACUAUGCCUGGCUCUCUGACUCCUAUGUGGCACUGGGUAUACUGGGAUUCUUCUUCUAUGUGUUACUGGGCAUUACUUCGCUGCCAUCAGUCAGCAAUGCUGUUUAA